AUGCAUCCGUUCGACAAGCUUUCGAACGAACUUCUUCUACAAAUUUUUGAGAACUUACCUUACUCUGAUGCGGCUGUAUGCGCCCGAGUCUGCAAAAGGCUCCACAACAUCUUUUCAAGAACACAAAUCGAGGACUACACAAUUAAAGUAGACCAUCCUUCCCACCGCGCCUGGAUGCUGAUUAGACGCCUCCUGAUUAACCCCGAACUCGGUGAACGAUUUAAGAAACUCAGUUUUACAUAUCACCCUCGCCGCUGCAGCUACCCUCAAACUUGGGCAUUGCAAUGGCAUUGGACAACCGAAGAAGACGCAAAACUUAAACAGCUUUGUCAGAAUUGGGGCAUAUCUGCGGCAUAUAAAUGGAUUAGUGAUGGAAUCUACGGCAAUUCGAUCUUCCCGCUCUUGCUUUGUUACACUACCAACCUCAAAAGUCUCGACCUCGGUUAUGGAGUUGACGGGUUCGUGUGGCCGAAUCCAUUCCACUCAUUGCAUACAUCCGACAUGGUCAUCCGAGUAUGGGACGGUUGCUGCGGGAGGGAUUUCCUAUCUACAUUCAAAAGUCAACGCGAAGAUAAUUAUUUUGAUAUUUAUUACAAAGAAGACCUGGAGGGGGGUUACGACGAUUAUUGGAAACCAUGUUUAACAUUUUCUGCAACCAUGGAUCAAUGUAUUUCCAGAUUGUCCAACCUUAGGGAGUUUACAUUUUGGGGCCUUGAAUUGGGCGAUGUAUGCGAAAAUUGCCCCGAGAGGGAAAUGAUUGAGUUUGUCCUAAAGGUCCUUUUGCUCCCACACCUUAAGGUAGCAAGGGUCGGUAGGCGCUGGUGUUUCGAUGAAUGGGGAGUAAAAGCGGCCAUGUCUACGAUAGGAAAUUCGGGCCCGGGGAAAUCACGGCCCACAAAAAUGGUACCUGCAGACGGAAGGUCUGGGAUCAAACACCUUGAACUGAGAUACGAAGAACUUGAGAAGGAGGGGCUCGAGAUGUUUGCAAAAUUUACUAGAAAAUUGGAGAGUCUUGAAUUAGUGCUUGGGCGUGAUGCUACAAUGGAAGAGGGAGAAAAAGUUGCAGGUUUCUUUCUAGAGAACAAUAAGGAAACAUUGACUAGCGGCCGGGUGGUUAUUAGAAUGGGUUAUACCGACGAUUUUCCAGAUCCCUGGUACGACGAUGACAAUCUUGGACCUGCACAUUAUUUUUAUGAAGAUGAAUAG